CUCAAUUUGUGUCUAUUCGUCUUUUGGACUAGCCUGAAUUCGCCAGCAUUUGUCAUCGUGCGACUUGAACAACUGGAAGAGAGACUGGACUGGCGGCACCAGUCGAUCGCCGACAACCAAUCUCCGGCAAUCUCUAUUCGGUAAGCUUCUCAGCGCCUUCAGUUCUUCUCCUUCAUCCUUCCAUUUUCCAUUCUCAUGUUCUUCAAAGAUGUUCCGUUCUCCAUUAGGUUAUCUGCUCUAGAAAUGCUAGCGGUCUCUUCUCCUCUAGGUUACUUUAUUGCAUGGAUAUAAUAAUUUCGAUUUUGAGUUCUGGGUAGCGCGGAACACAUGUUAAAGUCACGAUCUUUCGACUGUGUUAGUGGCUUCUCGCAGCAACUUUUAGCAGCAAGCAAUGGAGAAAAAUGGGAAAGGGUUUUCGAUGCCCAAGUCCUCUCUCAAGUCCACUCCAAGCAAGGAUGAUUCCUCUCAAAAGUCAAAAGAGGGGAGGAAAGUUCAGUUCAACAAUGGAGGCUCUCCUGAAGAGAGAUUUGAUUACUCAAAGUCAAACGGGAAGUCUAGUUCCUCAGCUGAUAAAGGUGGCAGAGGAAGCACUGCAAAUGGGAAGGCCUCGAAAUCAAAAGAAAAGGAACCACUUGAGCUUAGGUUAAACCAGGAACUUCUGAAGAACGCCAAAUGCUUAAUGGACUGUGAGGCUGCAGAAAUCAUACAAGGAAUCCAAGAUCAGAUGACUCUCCUAUCCCAAGAUGCAACCAUCAAACUGCCUGUCUCAUUUCAUAAGGGGCUGCAGUACUCACAGGCUAAUGCUCGUUACACAAAUACCCACUCCGUUAGACGUGUUCUAGAUACUCUGAAGAAGCAUGGUGUUGUGGAAGGAGAGAUAAGUGUGAUUGCCAAUGCUUGCCCUGAGUCUACUGAAGAAGUUUUUGCGUUAGUCCCUUCCUUGAAGUCCAAGAAAAGCAUACUGCAGGAACCAUUGGAGGUAGCUUUGAUGGUGAUAAAACCGCUUCGGAAAGUGGACUCAACCUCAGUCUGAUUGGUAAGGUUUGCUCAUUCUAUAUGCCUAGUGAAUAGCAAUUGCCUUUGUGGGAUAUCAAUUGAUACAUGAAAACGUGAUGAACAGAAUUGUGGUACUUUUGUUGGAAGAACUAGGAGGAGAGCAUGUGAGAGCAGCUUUUUGUGGAUUUUGUAGAGGCAGACAAACUAGUUGAAGGAGAGUAGCAAUGACCAGCCUAACUAAAGCCCUUUUGUUUUCACAGAUGUAGUUGGCAACUGUUACCAAUUACCAUUUUCUGUGUACAUAGCUAUGUGGACAAUGUUAGGUUUGGCGAACUUGUUUGAACAACUAAAAGUCCAUUAAGAAAUGGAAGUUAUGCUAAUUGCUGAAAACCAUGAAAAGUUCCAAUCCCUACUAUUCACAUAACCACUUAGUUAGCUUUGACUUGGAGUUUGAGUGGCAUGCUAUCCCCCAACCACAAGUCAGUCUCUGAAUCUACAACAUUAGUUGGUUGCAACCUCAGAAGCCAUCAUUAGUUGGUUGCAUCAACGAUAUGAAAACUGAAAGUCGAGAACUGUAGCUUCUAAAUCCCAUAGGAUCUAGGAAAGGGUAGAAGAACGCAUCUAAUUAUAUGAACAGCUUCAACCGGGCGAUUUAAUGUGUCAACUAAUCAUCAGAAGACUAUGCAAACUCCCCAUCAAUGUAGCUUGUUAGUGGAUAUGCAAAAAAAAACCCCGGAAAGAAAAGGGAUCUAUACCC